GCGGCCGUGCGCAGUGGGUGUGAUGGAGCAGUGUGCUGUUUUGCUGUGGGGCUGGCUCCUGCUUGGCUGCAGCUGGGGCCCGGGCCCCCCUGGGGUCGGUGCUGCUGCACUCUCGACGGCCACCUACAAGCUGGACGAUGCCUACGGGCUGGGGAGGCAGUUCGACGGGAUCGGCGCUGUCAGCGGCGGCGGGGCCACAUCUAGACUCCUGGUGAACUACCAGGAACCUUAUCGCUCCCAGAUUUUGGAUUAUCUGUUCAAGCCAAAUUUUGGUGCUUCUUUACAUAUCCUCAAAGUAGAGAUUGGAGGUGAUGGACAAUCAACAGAUGGUACUGAACCCUCCCAUAUGCACUAUGAAAAUGAUGAGAACUACUUCCGGGGCUAUGAGUGGUGGCUAAUGAAAGAAGCUAAAAAGAGGAACCCCAAAAUUAAACUUAUUGGAUUACCUUGGACAUUUCCAGCAUGGAUAGGGAAGGGUGAAAACUGGCCCUAUGACUAUCCAGAUGUCACUGCUUACUAUAUUGUUUCUUGGAUAUUAGGAGCUAAACACUAUCACGAUUUGGAUAUUGAUUAUGUUGGGAUAUGGAAUGAAAGGGCGUUUAAUAGCAAAUAUAUUAAGCUCUUGAGAUACACAUUGGAUAAGCAUGAUCUGCAGCAGGUGAGGAUCAUAGCCAGCGAUAGACUGUGGGAGCCCAUUUCCUUUGUCUUGCUGCUUGACUCUGAGCUCCAUGGAGUGGUCGAUGCAAUUGGAGCUCACUAUCCUGGAACAAAAACAGUGCCAAAUGCCUUGUUAACUAAGAAGAAACUGUGGUCUUCUGAAGAUUACAGUACUUUCAAUGAUGAAGUUGGUGCAGGCUGCUGGGCUCGGAUCCUGAACCAAAACUAUGUGAAUGGAAACAUGACCUCAACCAUUGCAUGGAACUUGGUGGCUAGCUAUUACGAAGAGUUGCCCUUUGGUCGAUGUGGAUUAAUGACAGCGCAAGAGCCAUGGAGUGGCCACUACAAAGUAGAAGCUCCUAUCUGGAUUACAGCACACACAACACAGUUUACUCAGCCUGGCUGGUCAUACUUGCAAGUGGACGGACACCUAGAAGGAGGUGGCAGUUUUGUAGCCCUGACAGACGGUCUAGGAAACCUUACCAUCAUAAUUGAAACUAUGACUUACAAUCACUCACAAUGUAUCAGGCCUCCACUGCCUCAUUUCACUGUGAAGCCUCAGAGAGCAACUUUCUACCUCAAAGGGUCAUUUUACACGGUAAAAACCCUUCAAGUGUGGCAUUCUAGACUUGAUUUUGAAUCCGGAAGAUCUAGUCUUUUCCAGCAACUCCAUCCUGUAAAGGUGUGGAAGGGAAGUUUUUCUAUAGAUUUAAAUGUGGAUGAAGUUUAUACAUUAACCACGCUCAAAACUGGGCAGAAAUGUGGUCACCCAGAGCCUCCACCACCUCAGCCAUUCCCUUCAAAUUACAAAGAUGAUUUCAAUAUUCGUAAUCCACCUUUCAGUGAAGCCCCAAAUUUUGCAGAUCAGACAGGUGUAUUUGAAUACUUCAUAAAUGCUUCUGACCCAGGAGAUCAUGUGUUCACACUCCGCCAAGUGGUGGUUCAGCGACCCAUCACUUGGGCUUCUGAUGCAGAUCAGACCAUCAGCCUCAUAGGAAAUUUUAAGUGGGUAAACAUGACAGUCACUUGUGACAUCUACAUAGAAAAACAACGUGAUGGGGGCGUGUUUGUUGCAGGAAGAGUUGAUAAUGGUGGGAUAUAUGUUCGACGUACCAAAGGAGUUUUCUUCUGGGUUUUUGCAGAUGGCACCUACAGAGUCACUGGUGACCUAGCUGGAGAAGAAAUAUUAAUGAAAGGACUUUCUGGUGUCCGGAAUAAUGCGUGGCACACACUUACUCUCAACAUUCAGGGCACUUCUGCCUCAGGACUGCUAAAUGGUUAUCCACUUUGGGAGAAUGUCACCAUUUCUCAACCAAGUAAUGGCUGGGCUGCUAUUGGAACUCGCUCCUUUGAGUUUGCACAGUUUGACAACUUUCAUGUUGAAGCUAGCUGAGGUGGCUUUUGCGUUUAGGGAACCCAGUUCUUGUAUUGCUUUGGAUAAGAGCCAGUUCAAACUUUGAGGACAACUUAAUGCUAUGCUGAGAUUGAACUGUUGGCAAGGAAUCUGAAUUCUGUCAUUAUUUGCUAAAGGUUUACUUGAGUAGAUAUCAAUAUGACUGUAACUUUAUCCCCUGAUUCCUGUGGGGGUUUUGCCCUUUGAUUUUUGGGGGUAAAUUUUAGUUCAUGGUAAUGAUAAAAACAAAAUGAUAGAUUUAAAUCUUUCUCAGUAACCACAUCGUAACUUCCUAGCUCACUUUUAAGAUAACUUUAGAAGUUAAUAGAAGAGGCGUUCAAGCUACAUUUUUAACUUAUAUGAUUGUGUCCAUUCCUUUCACUCUGAAAGAAAUAGUUAAAUGCCAGUAAACCUUACGAGCCAGUCACCCUAUACUUUUGUAGGUCUGUCAUUCUCAAAUUCUCAAAAUUCUCUCAAAUUCUCAAAAAACAGAAAGAUGUUUUGCCUGUUUUUCUGCUGCUGUCUGAGGGUAGACAGUACAAUACUUCAAGUGCAUUUGCUUAGGUUUUCCUGAUUACUUCUUCUAACUUUCAUUGCCAGCAAUAAAAUACAUCAUUUUUAGUGGAAUGGAAAUGUGCCGUAUGGCUGAUCAGGCAGUGCAGGAUGUGCCUUACUUCUAAACUACCUCUUUCCAGUGAAAUGGUUGAAAUAGAUGAUAAGAAACCAUAACGUGCAGUUUGCUAAUGAUAGCUUUGCAGGGUGAUCUUUUGCACCAUGCAAAAAACAAGUUUGCGUCAUGGAUGCUGGCCAGCAGAGUGCUUACUUUCAUGUUAGAUCGUGUGUGGAAAAAAUGGCCUUUUUUUCCUAGUAACUUGAGCAACCAUCUCACACUUUUGAUGGAUCUGAAGGUUAGAGCAGAAAAAUAAAGGCAUAAUAAUUUUAUUUAGCUUAAGAUAAAUUAGUACAGCACAGAGAAGAUAUGGAUACGGUCAUGUCCUGGUAUAAAAGAAAACUAAAACCCCAGGCUUUGCCUAUAAAAGCUUCCAAUUUAUUAAUAAGGUAAGUGACAGCAGGUGGAUGUAGACAGAAUUGUUUAGUGUGGCAGGCAGUCAGAUCAACACAAUAGUGUCUGGUUUUAAACUUCUCCUGGGCAUCAUGAAGUUCAGAGAGAAUUUCAGAUCCUUGGGAAAUAAGGGAUUCUGUUUAGCUGUUGCUUCAUCAUUUGUGGGUCUGGGUUUGGGUUUUGGUUUUGGGUGAUUUGUUUUUUGGUUUGUGGGUUGUUGGUUUUUUUUUUUUGUUUGGUGGGGUUUUUUUUUGUUUCAGUGGUUGUUGUUUUGU